CUCCGGUGCAGUCAUCUGGUCAAUAGUAGAUGCAACUAUUUUCUUAACAUUUUGUUGAUAAAUUUACUCAUAGCUUCAACUUAGUCUAUUUAGGUUUAUUAUUGAUCUAUUUUUACACGGAUAUGCAGUUGAAUAAUUGUUGUUUUAGUUUAGACAGGAAUUUAGCGGUGGGGAAUGUGGGGGAAAAGAGAUUCUGACCUACAACCUUGAAACUGAUAUUACCAAUAGCAAUUUCUCCAAGACCUGCGAGAGAGGAAAGUGUUUGCCACCUAGCUGCAGAGAGAGGCAUGGAGGACGAGAAGAGAAGAGAAGUGGUUCUUUUGGCGUGUGGAUCCUUUAACCCCAUCACCAACAUGCACCUGAGGAUGUUUGAACUGGCCCGAGAUUUUCUGGAGGACACAGGUCGUUACAAGGUGGUGAAAGGUAUUGUGUCAGCGGUCGGGGAUGGCUAUAAGAAGAAGGGUCUGAUUGAGGCUUUCCAUCGUGUGAAAAUGGCCAGACUGGCAACAGAAGACUCUGAGUGGAUCACAGUCGGAACUUGGGAGAGCUUGCAGCCAGAAUGGGUGGAGACAGCCAAAGUGAUUCGACAUUACUACUCAAAAUUAUCAGCGGUUGAACAAGAUGGUGACGAUGUAGACACUGUCAAGUAUGCCAAAAAGAGACGAAUUGAAGAGAAUAAUGAUGAGAGUGCCUCAAAUAACAACACAAGAGGAGCAACUCAGCUGAUGCUGCUAUGCGGUGCCGAUGUCCUUGAGUCCUUUGGGAUCCCCAACUUGUGGAAGCAAGAGGACAUCGACGAGAUAGUGGGCCGCUUCGGUUUGGUGUGCAUCACGCGCUGUGGCAGCGACCCCCAUAAAUUCAUCCACCGGUCAGACAUGCUGUGGAGACACCGCAAGAACAUUCACGUGGUCCCUGAGUGGGUGUCCAAUGACAUUUCUGCAACGCAUGUGCGGCGGGCUCUGCGCCGUGGUCAUAGUGUCAAAUACCUCCUUCCAGACAGUGUGCUCCGCUACAUCUGUGAGCACCAGCUCUACAGCGCUGAGAGUAUCGGUGCUUGUUUGAGAAUGAUUGCUCUGAAGUUGAAGAUGAGGAAGUUGAUUGAACAGCAGGGCGACCUAUACAUCAUUAAAACAUGCAGCACCUUCAAGAACUACACAUUGUCAUUCAAAGUGGGUCAAGAGUUUGAGGAGUUUACGGAGGGGUUGGACAACAGGCACAUGAAGUCGCUGGUGUGGUGGGAGGGGAACAAGCUGGUGUGUGAACAGACUGGUGAGAAGAAGAACAGGGGGUGGUGUCACUGGAUUGAAGAAGACAAGCUUCACCUGGAGCUGUACUGUGAAGGACAAAUCUGCAAGCAAGUUUUCAAGAAGAAGAUCAAUGAUUAAAGAGAGGAAAAAUUGUUUUUAAAAAAAUGGACAUACAGUAUGAGAAAAAUGAGUUGUGUUAACCAAUGCAUCAAAAAUAUUUAACUCAUGAAGUUGUGGCAAGCAACUAACAGCCCACAGGCAAUAACUGGCCCAUCGCGAAUUAUUGUUAUCAAUGGCAGGCAAUGAGUUAAUAUUACCCCCCAAGCCCCUCAACACACAGAAAAAAAUAUUUAUUACUCAGCUUUAUUUAUAUAUAUUAGAAUAUGAUUAUUACAUUAUUACUUAAUGAAUUAGCUUUAAAGAAGUGUCUAUUAUUGAAAUGUUUUUAUUUAACACUGAUGUCUUAAAUGCAGUAAGACAGCUGCUCCAUUAGCACCUGUUUCACAACACCAUGUAGAGCCAUAGCAGUAAGCAGCCUUCAGUUAAAUGAUGUACUUUAAGUGGAAAUGUUCCAUUAAUUAUAUUUUUGUACACAAUAAAAUACUAUGAAUGAGGGAAAAUUGUCGGGGAUAUCUUCAAUUAAAGAUGCUGACCCCGCAGCUUCUGUUGUCUA